AUGACGGACCAUGAGUUUGAGGCGCCUGACGAGCAGUUGCUUCUGGACGACACGUUGCCGCUACUGGACGCAAGCAACUCUCGGAUACCACGAGACAGUAUCCACGCCGCGCUACUGGAAGACCGGACACCCGAGAUCCUCUUUCUUGAAGACGCAAUUGGUGAUACGGACUCCGAGCACGAGGAAGAAGAAAACGAAGAAGGAGGAGGAGAAAAAGGAGAAGGAGGCGACGUUGACAGCGGGUCGAAGUCUGACUCGAUCGUGCUCGAUCUAGAGGACGAAAAGCUCGUGACGUUCAAGUCUACGGGACGCGUUAGCUCGAAGGAAAAGUGGGGCCAUGAGCCAUUGGCGGUUGACGUCAAGAUGCAUACUGUGGCUAUUGACAUGUCAGAUGGGCUCGUCGUCAAGGUGGAAGGCUAUUACGUCCCUGACAAGAUCCACGAGCGACAAGGACGACAGCUCUUUGAGCUGAACGAGCACGAGGUCAUUGUCAAAGUCUACUUGUUCCGGAUCCGUCGAGAGAUCCACGCCAUUCAGUUUGUGACGAACGUACGGACGUCGGAUCGGUUUGGAGAAACAAAGCGCGGAGAACUGUGCAAAGUCGUAGAGGCACCUGAGGGCAAGUUUAUUGCCAGUUUUUUUGGCGACAUUUCACGUGGAGAAGAGGACAUUGACCUCGGCUUUCGGUUUGCCGAGCGACCAGCAGGUAAAGAGCUAGCAGAAGUAGAUGUUGACGUCGCGGAGGUUGAUCAUGUAACGACAGCUCAGGGAGAGACGGUCCAUGUCGUGGGAACACAGACGCAAAAGCAGGGGUGA